GCAAGGGGUCGACCGUGAGCCAGACACUCCUCUCAUCCACCUCCACGUCCUCCCCGCCCACGACGUCCACGACCUCCCGCACGACGACCACCGCCCUUUCGCCACCGCCCGGCAAGCCCAAGACAUGUCCUCCGCCUCAAACCACGUUCCAGACGCGCUCUCCCGCCGCAUCAAGGACGGCAUCCGCGUGGUCACGCAGCGGCUGCAUAGCAAACGACACCCCACAGACCGUCCUGCAGUAGACUGGUCACGCAGUAAACGACGCUCGGUUUUCCGCUACCGUUCGCGACAAUCGUUGAAGCUACCCUACAUCCCUCCAGAACUAUGGGGUGUCAUCAUCCAACAUGCAUGCCUAUUCGACUACGACCCGCUGGACACCUCGCAGGAGCUGUCCUUCCUGGAGUCGUCGAGCUCUACUCAGCUCGCGACGCACCGCGCCGCUAUGCACGUCAAGCUUGCGCUAUCGCUCGUGUGCAAAGAAUGGAACGCGCUGAGCCGACCAUUCGUGUACGAGUUCGUAUGGAUCAGCCGCUCGGUCCAGGCGAAGCUUCUCGCGCGGACGCUCAUCAUGGAGUUCGUGCAGGGCGAAGAGUGCAGUGGGAAAUAUCUGCGGCGCCUGCAUAUCGAGACGCCAGCGCUAGAGCGCUGUGCGCCGGCUGACCUCCGGACGAUUUUGGACUACUCGCCCCAGCUCUUCAUCUUCUCCGACCACCAUUCCGUGCAACGUAAUCUUUUGGCGGCCGUACAGGACCCGCGGUGUAGUCCUGAAGAGAUCCUGCGGCUCGUUACGCAUCCGAAGAUCCGGAGGCUGAGCUGGACCUGCUAUGAUGAUACGCCGUUCGAACUGCGGAUGCACCCACUGGAGACGAACCUUGCGACCCGCCUGGAGUAUCUGGAGCUCUCAUGCUGUUCGCCAAACUUCCGCUCCAUCAUCGCCGAGUCGUUCGCGCAGCCGCAGUCACACGGCGCGACGAUCGACAUGAACGUCUGCCUGCCAUCGCUGCGCGCGCUGAAGGUGUCGCUCGACAACAACACCUUCGCGGCCCUUGCGUCGUGGGACAUGCCGAAGCUGACGAACCUGUCGGUGUUAUCCUCCGACUUCAGCUAUACCGGCGCGGGCUUCGCGGCGUUCUUCCAGGCGCACGGCGCGAAGUUACGGCAGCUCGAGCUCGGACACUCGUCCGCGCUCGUCGAGGAGCACUACCUGACGACGCCGCAGCACGUCCUCCAGAUGCAGCACGCAUCGCCGCGCCCGAUACCUCUCGCGGAGUGGUGUCCGGACCUGCGCGAGUUGAUCUGCUCGGCGGAUGCGGAGUGGCACUGGCAGAGCCCCGACUGGAUCGCACCACACAUCCUCCUCCCGGCGCACCCGCGCGUCGAGCUCAUCGGCAUUCGCGACAUCGACACGCGGCUGCGGGAGGACCCGGAUGUCCCCGGCGCGGACACGCCGUACUUCCCGCUGUUCGAGCAGCUGUCGUCCCUGCUCCGCCGUGACGCGUUCCCGAGCCUGCGGUACGUGCGCGAUAUGAGCGAGGAGAGCCAUCGGAUGCGGAUGGUCCAGCCGGAGGAGCGCGUGAACGUGUUCUGGUGCAAGGUCGUGCGCGCGUGCCGGGAGCGCGCGGUCUGGCUGGAGGACUGCUCGGGCGUGAAUAUCACGCAGCGGAACCUCCAGCGCGCCGCGGCUCUGCGGAAGCCGACGCACUCGUAUAUGGAGGCGGCGUUCCGCUCGCGGUAGGCGAGUAUCCGUUUGCGCGUAGUCCGCGUCUCAUGUCUUGCAUACCCUGCUCUCUUCGGAUCUCAGGCUUACGUCUUUGCAUAUUCCUCAUGACUUUCAUGCCUUUCUAUGACGCAAGCAAACAAAGAAGACCCACAAUUACCCAUGUUCCCUGCAUAUAUCCCCCACACAGUGCAUGUCCAUUCUACGAUCAUGGUUACCCAUCUGUACGCAUCUCAUGUGCUGUAUCGUCUUACAUCCCAGCUUCCUUCAGCCUCCU